AUGUUUUUUUUAAAUCCCCCAAUCGAAGAUAUGUCGCAGGGCUGGCUCCUCACGAUUCUAUCGUCUGCGCUCUGUGUUCUCGGCUGUUUUGUCAUCUUCCUCGAUGAUAUCUACUACUUGAUUGUUCCCAAAUGGGUUUCUUCCCGGUAUCCAUUCCAGAUCCGUGAGAAUUAUGCAUUUAUGAAUGGGCUGCUUGCGUUCAGUAGUGGCUGUUUGCUUCUCACGGCGCUCUACCGUCUUUUGCCGGAGGCCAUGGCGCAUUUCAAGAUGGGCGGCUCCAACGAUAAUUACAACAUGGAAUUGGUCGCCUCAUUUGUGGGCGGCAUCACCAUUUGCGGCUUGUUUAACCAGGGCUUGCACAUGUUGACUACGGAAUCGGUGGUGCACUGUUCUCACGAUGGAGAGACUCAUGGAGAUGAGGAACUGGGCCAUGAUCAUGGCCACAGUGAGACUCAUAAACAUAAACAUAAACACAGCCAUAGCCACUCUCAUGAUGAAGAAAGUAAUAUCGGUGAUGAGACCCACUCCCAUAGUCAUGGUUCGGAAGGCCUGACUAGUUCGGAACAAAUUAGUACUUUCCCCAAAUCAGCUUCUGCUGAGGAUGUCAAUUCUCACCUGCACCACCGUGAUCAUACUGAGUCCCACGAGGAGUCAGAAAACUCGCCAUUGUUGGCCCUGGAUGGUCCUCCUCAACUCUCCAGGAAAAAGUCCUUGAUGCACUUUUUGGCUCACGGCUCAACUGAAGAAGAAAGCCUCUUGGGUGAAUGUAAGGGCUAUACCUCUGCGGAGCUCUGCCAUUACGAACAAAAUGGAGGGCUCCAUUUCUGCGAGGUUCCACAGCUCCGUAAGUCUGAACUUGCAGACGACCCGAGACUUGAAAGGGUUCCUGUCGAAAGUCACGGCGCCAAUGACUCCCUAUGGGAUCGCCACUCACACCAUAAGGCUGGUGAACACCAUCAUCACCACGUCAACUCGCCCAUGUCGCGGCUUCUUCUCAUUGGAGUUCAGACCAUUCUCGCCAUCACGCUCCAUAAGUUUCCCGAGGGAUUCAUCACAUACAUCACGCUGAAGACAAACCCGCAAUUGGGAGUUUCAAUUUUCCUAAGCUUGCUCAUUCACAACUAUACGGAGGGCUUCUCCAUGUGUUUGCCAUUAUACUACUCCUUUGGUGAGUCCAAGUGGAGAAAAUGGAAGGCUGUGGGUAUAAGUGCAUUUUUGGGUGGUUUGUCACAGCCCGCUGGUGCAUUUUUCGGGUAUUUGUUUUUGAACCACCUUGGUGAAGGUAAUGUUGACGUGGACAAGUUGAACUUUGUCUUUGGUGUCUCCAUGGCCAUGACGGCUGGUUUCCUCACUGUGAUCGCAUUGUCCAUGUAUGGUUCUGCCGUCUCAUUCAGCGGGCUGCCAAACUUUGUCUGUAUUUGGUCGUUGUUGGGAAUGUGUACCAUUGGCAUUCUGACUAUUUUCACCGGUAGUGACUGA